UGUGUGCGGUGGGGGUACAUGAGUAAUAUGAGAAUGACAUCAUCUUGUGAGAGUGGAUCCUCCCUAGGGAGAAGGGGUAAGCAAGAGGAGGGGAUGAGAGAAAGGAGCAAUCACUCUGAAAGCUCUGGAUGGAUCCCAGCACACGGCAUGCUGGCUGACUCCAAGUAUGAUCGCUUUCGCAAUGACUCCAUAACUUCUGCAGAGGAGCAGAUACCUCUGGCAGCUGAAGCUAUGAGUGGACAAGUGGCCCCAAAUUCCCCAUCCACAUCGCCGGCACUGGGUCAGCCAUUUGCUGAGUCGCAAUGCCCAGAAGAACAGGAUGUGGCUACCACCUUCUGCAUGAUGAUACCCCGAAUGGGGCAGUGGAAAUUCUCGAGUCCUGCGGCUUUCCUGAGCCGAUCUCCCUCUGGAGCUAGCAAGGAGCUUUCACUGGAGAAAUCUGGGGCUUCUGGGGGACUGGGAUCAGUGUUUGGAGCUUGUGAUCCAGUUUGUUCCACACCUUGUACUCUGCAGGUGAUAAACCGGUUGCGAGGGGGUGCGUCGGGAGGAGGUAGAAAGACUUCAAGAGCAGAGACAUUUAAACUGUCUGGAGAGGAAUGGACCCGUAAAGGAAAUUUUAUCAGUAAACCAUCUCAGGGAUGGCUUCAUCCUGAUGACCGGCUGCAGGGUCCUGGGGUUUCUUAUAUUGUAAGGUACAUGGGUUGCAUUGAGGUUCUUCGUUCCAUGAGAUCCCUGGACUUUAACACAAGAACCCAAGUGACAAGAGAGGCUAUCAACAGAUUAUAUGAAGCUGUCCCAGGAGUAAGGGGAACCUGGAAAAAAAAGGCACCAAAUAAACCCUUAGCAACUAUCUUGGGUCGAAGUAACCUUCGUUUUGCAGGAAUUAGUAUCGCUGUAAAUAUAUCCAUUGAAGGACUCAAUCUUAGUAUCCCAACCACCCGGCAAGUUAUCGCUAAUCAUCACAUGCAAGCUAUCUCCUUUGCAUCAGGAGGGGAUGUGGACACCGCAGACUAUGUAGCAUAUGUGGCCAAGGACCCAAUAAAUCAGAGAGCCUGUCACAUUCUGGAGUGCUGUGAAGGGUUGGCCCAAAGUGUGAUCAGCACUGUAGGACAAGCCUUUGAGUUGAGGUUCAAACAGUUCCUGCACAGCCCCCCCAAAGUGGCAGCACCCCCAGACAGGGUGGUUAUUGGGAGUGAAGAGCUUACGUGGGGUGCUGAGGAUGAUCACAACUCAGAACACAACUAUUACAAUAGUAUCCCAGGCAAAGAGCCCCCUCUUGGUGGGAUACAGGACUGCAGGGUGAGAGAUCCAAGUACAAUAAACCAUGCCAACACUCAGAUGAUUGCCAAUGGACAUUGGGCACAGGUGGGAUCUCCUGCCAGAAGGCCACCAGUAUCACAUUCAGGAUCCCAGUGGGAGCUAGAAGAUCAAGGAACAGCUAAUGAUGUUUUCCAAGGGUCAAAUGGACGUGCUCCGGGACUUCGAGACUAUGAGGAACACAUGUAUGUCAAUACACAGAGCUUCGAUGUACUCAAUGUGGACAAAGAGCCCUAUAUGAUCCCAGAGGACAGUCCAAAGAAAGAUCUGUUUGACAUGAGACCAUUUGAAGAUGCUUUGAAACUCCAUGAGUCCAGCCUCUCAGUUACCCAAAAGGUGGAUCAAUGGCCAAGUCCUCCAACCAGAAGAGCUCCUGUUGCACCUACAGAAGAGCAACUCAAAGGAGAGCCAUGGUACCAAGGAAAAAUGAGCAGAAGGGAAGCAGAGAAACUUCUUCAAAAAGAUGGAGACUUUCUAGUGAGGGACAGCAUCACCAACCCAGGACAAUAUGUGUUAACAGGAAUGCACAAUGGACAGCCCAAACAUCUGUUAUUGGUGGAUCCAGAGGGAGUGGUCCGGACCAAAGAUGUGCUCUUUGAGAGUAUCAGUCAUUUAAUUUCCUACCACUUACAUAACCAACAACCGAUUGUGGCAGCCGAGAGCGAACUGCACUUGUGGCAGGUGAUAGCACGGAGAACAACAUCCUAGGGUCACCUACAAUUGGAGAAGAACAUUAAUAAAAAGGGAAGUCCGCAGGAGCUUUUCCUAAAUGAGGUCACAAAUAUUACCAACGCGCCAUACAUGUGGCCCUCUAUUCUUCUUGUCUGCCUAAGAUUACAUGUAGUCACUACUGGAUUAUUCUACUUCUUUAUUUUUCUUCAACCAAAGGAAGUAGCUGAGUUUACAAGAAAUGGAUCAUUUCAAAUAACACUGUUGGUGACGGUUGACAUGAAACCCUUCACUGUUAAAAAAAAACAAUGUAAGAAAAGGAAGGAUACAUUCUAGCCCCCAACAAGAGAACAAUGUUACCUCUGUAUAAAAAUGUGGAAUUUCUUUUUGAACUGUCAAAACAGUCUAUUGCUGUCUCUUUUCUUGUUUUGUUGUAAAAGCUUUCGCCUUUUCACCACCAUUUUCAGGUAUCCCUUUGUGUCUUCCACGCAUGGCUGACAUGUUUGCAGUAUAAUCUGUAUUAUACACAUUUCCUAAAAAAAAAAUAACAAAAAAAAACACGAUGCUGCUUUAUUUUUUUUUAUAUACAUUAGUUCAAUUAUUCUGAUACAGUACAUUAGGCUUUACAUUAAAUGGGAUGUUUUUUUUUCUUUUUUACAAACAUAGAAAGAGUGGUAAGAAAUAGAAUUGCUGGGAAGUAAAACAUGUUACAUGAGUUGCACAUUCAGUAUGAUCAGCAUGAUUAAUGACUUUUGAGAAAUCAUUCAAUUAUUACAUAAUGAUUGUUUGCGUCUUGGACGAAAUACAGAAAUGGCCUAUCUGUGGCUCUCCUUUACAGCAUUUUGAUUAAAGCCCAUCAAAACACAGUUUGGACUACUUAAAGUGGUGUUCUGUCCCCGCACGAAAAAAUUUAAAGUCAGCAGUUACACAUACUGACUUUUAAUAAUAGGACACUUACCUAAAUUCCUAAAUCCAGCGAUGUUGGCACCCCAGCUGAUGUUUCCAUCGGCUCUGGGGUGCUGCCACCGCUAUAGCCGGUUGGGGAAACCGGCAGUGAAGCCUUGCGGCUUCACAGCCGGUUCCCUACUGUGCAUGCAAGGAGCACGCUGCGCUCUCUUACUGGCCUGACAGCGGGGGGAAGGAGGAAAAAGAGGGGCCUGUCAAAAACAGAUGUGGCAUCGGAAGGGGGGAGGGUGAGGAGACAGAUAAGCAGAGCUUUCGCUUGGGUGGAACUCUGCUUGAAUAAGGCAAAAAUCACUAAAAGAAGGCCAGUAAUCUGUAUGAGCCAGUCAAAAUAAAUACAUUUUCACUGUUCUGACUACAAUUAUUUUAGUACUAUCACACUUUAAAUAUUGACAAUACUUUUUAUUUUUUUAAUAAAAAUAGCCUUCUGGGGUUUUAACAGAAAAAUAAGAUUUUUAGGAUAAAUGUUUUAAUGGGCAGUAAUAGUGUUGCAUGAAUAGUGUAGAACCCACUAUAACCAAUCAGAUUCCAAAUUGCUGAUGUUCAAUCAGUAAAAUAUACAUUCUUCAAUAAGUUGCCAUUGAUAUACAGUAGUGGUUUGACUUUUCAGUAAGCCCUUAACUGUGAGUACAAUAAAGAGCAUUAGUAAAAAGCCGGCCGGCUCGCAUAGACCACCCAUCCUUUCAGGAUCGUAGCAAAGUGGUGACGUCAGCACGUCUCUCGGCCUGGCGUGUUUCAUCACAAGCUGACGUUGUCCUGGGGUAUGGGUGGCAUGCUGACUCACCGCUUAUAUAAUAGACAAAAUAAACAAAACCUCGAUCUGAGUCUCAGGUGGCUAGGUGUGGUUUCUUUUGUCUAUUAUCUAUUAUUGUCUCUAUUUGCUGGCGGGAGAUCAGCUCUCACACUUACAGGCAGGAAGGGGGAGAAACUAGCACAAAGAGCGGGAUGACAGAAGCACAUAAAUUGACCAUGGUAUCAUGGCUCAGCAGCCAUGAUUACCAUGGUCAGCACACACAGGGAGACACAAGAACAGACAGGAUCAACCAGGUAUAUUACAACAUAGAAAGGGAAAAAUAACACAGCACCGGUACUGUGCUAUAGUCAUGCCUUAAAGGAACAGGAUCUUUUUAUUUUUAGGGUACAACCACUCUAAGUUGUUAAGACAUACAGUAUCUCCAUUUGUGGUCAGCCUUUUAAAAGUACACUAUAGAGAAAAAAAAAGCUUUUUAUUGUGUGAUUUUUCUGGGCAGCAGACUUUUCAAAAGUCUUUGUUCUCAUAUCACCCAACCAGUUAUUACUGAUAUGUUAUCACUGCAAGCAAGCAACAGCCUCAGCACACGAUAAGAAAAUAUUUAUUCUAGUAAAGGUUUUACUGACGUAAAAAAACAAUGAAAUCAUUCAUAAGCAAGCCAUAGGCCUCAGAUGACAGGCUCUAUAUCAAUUCAGACCUGUUUAAAAUAUAGAAUACAGUAGAUAAAUUCACAACUUCUUACAGAAUUAUGGGUUCUGCUCCAACAGAACCGUAAACAGCCCCUCUCUGUUCAUACCCUAUAAUUUCAAGAUAAACUUUUGUAGCCAUUACAAUGUAUAUGAACCCUAA